AUGGCCACCUUGGACAACACUACAACUAGCCCGGGCAACUACAGUGCAUUCUACUGCAAAUUUCAAGAGGAUUUUAAAUACAUUCUCCUUCCAGUCAGCUAUGCCCUGGUCUUUGUGGUCGGUCUGGCCCUGAAUGCAACAGCCUUGUUCGUGAUUGUGUUUCGCACUAAGCGGUGGAAGCCCUCCACCAUCUACAUGUUCAACUUGACAAUGUGUGACACUCUCUACAUCUUCACCUUGCCCUUCCUCAUCUAUUACUACGCAGAUGAGAAUGACUGGCCUUUCAGUGAACCAUUCUGCAAACUCAUACGCUUCCUGUUUUAUGCCAACUUAUACGGCUCCAUUCUGUUUCUGUGCUGUAUCAGUCUACAUCGCUUCAUCGGCAUCUGCUACCCAGUCCGAUCCCUAAACUGGGUCAGCGCCCGUCGAGCCAGACUGGUGUCUGUGGCAGUGUGGGCCAUUGUUUUGUUCUGCCAGGCGCCUAUUCUCUACUUCUCAAGAAUCAGGGAUAAGGGAACUGUGCGUGUCUGCUACGACACCACGAGCCCCGAGCUUUUUGAUGACUUCCUGGUGUACAGCUCCAUCGUGUCAGUUCUGAUGUUUGCCCUUCCCUUCAUGGUGGUGAUGGUGUGCUAUGGCCUCAUGAUGAGGAAGCUUCUGGAGCCUAGCUGGGGGUCUGAAGGACCCGAUGGUGAGAGAGGAGGCCUGUCGGCUCAACGCUCCAAGCAGAAGUCGGUGAAGAUGAUCAUCAUUGUGCUUGCAGCGUUCAUGCUCUGCUUCCUCCCUUUCCACCUCACCAGGAGCCUUUACUACUCCUUCAGAUACCUGAGGCAGAUCAAUCCAGCACAGAUCAGCUGCACUUUACUGGAGGCCUCCAGUGUGGCCUAUAAGGUAACCCGACCUUUUGCCAGCGCCAACAGCUGUCUGGACCCCAUUCUUUACUUCCUGGCUGGGCAGGACGCUCGCAGUAACCUCACCAAGAAAGCCAAAACGUCUUCUUCAAGAGCAAGUGUGAGCCGACGCUUGACUACAAAACUCUGAUCCAAUACCUGAAACCACCUGGGUAAAACUUCAAUACAUUGUGGGGACAAGUACUGAACUUUUUUUCUAGUUUUCUUCUGGCAGUUUCCACCCGACACUUGCUUUAAGGGUAUCGUCUUUCAACCUACAAUGUCAGCCAACUGUCAAUUCAGCAAGUACUGGAUCACAAAGAAGCAA